GCCUAGUCACGAGGGUGGAACGAGCAGGGGCGGAGGCGGGGCUGCGGUCCCUGCGACGCAAGCGCAGUGGGAGAGUACAGUGGCGCUGGGCGCCUCUCACACCGCUCUGGAUCCGGGUCUCUCCGGGCCCCGGGUCGGGGGGAAGAGCGGAGCCGACUGGACCGGGUCGAGCAACCGCCUCUGCCUCUGGGAGACAACGGCCAUAACGGUGAAGCAACUUCCACAAUGAAAUCUGAAGCCAAGGAUGGAGAAGAAGAGAGUUUGCAGACUGCUUUCAAGAAGUUAAGGGUGGAUGCAGCAGGAUCCAUAGCUUCUCUUUCUGUUGGAGAGGGAGCAAGUAUCAGAGCAUCAGUUAGGACAGCUACAGAUGAGACCAAAACUAAAACCAUAUGUGCAUCUAAAGACAGUUGGCACAGUUCUACAAGAAAGGCUUCACGAGGAGCAGUUAGAACCCAGCGUCGCCGGCGUUCCAAGUCUCCAGUCCUUCAUCCUCCAAAGUUCAUUCACUGCAGUGCAAAGGCUGUGUCUUCCACCAGUCAGCUCAGACACAAAAGCCAAACUGACUGUCCUGACAGCAAUAGCCACCUAGGGAUUCUACCUGCUAACGAGUUCAGUGCAAGGGAAUGCUCUAUUUCUUCUCUUAGUGAGGCUAAUCACACAAGAGCUGUGAAAGAGCCCUUGGGGGCUACAGUUCCUGAUGGUGCAUCAGAAGGCAAAGCAGAAGAAGAUCCCCCUGAUGCUGCCCUGGCCUCCCAAGCAAGUCUCAAGGCCAGUGAGCUCUCUGACUUUCAAUCAGUGUCCAGGCUAAGCCUGGGCAAGCCAUGUGCAUGUGUAGGCAAGGAGUGCCAGUGUAAGAGGUGGCAAGAUAUGGAAGUGUACUCCUUCUCAGGCUUGCAGAAUGUCCCUCCCUUGGCACCAGAACGAAGAUCCACCCUCGAGGACUACUCGCAGUCUUUCCAUACCAGAACUCCAUCUGGCUCGCCCCGCUCUUGUUCUGAGCAAGCUAGGGCCUAUGUGGAUGAUGUAACUAUUGAAGAUCUUUCAGGCUACAUGGAAUAUUACUUGUAUAUUCCCAAGAAAAUGUCCCAUAUGGCAGAAAUGAUGUACACCUGAUAGCAAUAAGCAAAAUCACAUGCUUUAAAACCAAUGAAGGGUUGGAAAAGUGACUUAGUUACUGGCAGACCGCUCAGCCACUCUGUGUGAGAAGAUAUCUUCCUCUGCUCACUGUGCUUGCAAUAAAAACAUUUCUUUGCAUCUCAAUUAAUUUUCAUUCUUUAAACUAGUUUCCCUUCCUCUCACCACCUUCCUUGUUCCAAAAGAAAUUCUGGACAAACCAAAAAACCCCUUUCAUUUUGAAACAUCCUAAGAUGGAUCAUAGGAUUUAAAACUGAAAGGGACUUUAGAGCACCAAAUAAUCCAACCCUGCUUUUCCCAACCCCAGUUUAAUAGAGGAGGAAACUGAGGUGCAUGAAAGCUAACAGAUUUUCAGUUUAAUUCAACAAGCAUUUAAGUGCCUACUCUGUGCAAGAUAAAAUGGAAAAUUUGUCUUUGCCCUCAAGGAGCUUCCUUGUGUUAAAGUAUAGACGCGUAAACAGUUAAGUAAAGCACACAGUAUAAUUUGAGGAGGGAGAGAGCAUCAACAGUAAGAGGACCCAAAAAAGCUACUUUUAAAAGGUGGUACCUGAACUUUAAAGGAAACUGGAUUCUAAGGCUUGUCCAAGGUUACACAGUGACAACUGGGAUAUAUAAAUCUAGAUCUUUUGACUCCAAAUCAAUGAAGAGGCCACUCUCACAAAAUUAUUGGUGGGUGAAUUUUUAAAAGGAAUGCUUUCCUAAAUUUAGGCACUCUGUUUUAGACUUGCUAAGUAACAGAUAACUUGGAAAAUCCAAAUGGGUUUUAUAAAUUUGAAUGAUUUUUAUGCCAUUGUUAAUGACCCAAAGAAUUCUUCAAAGAUUGAAAAGCCUUAAAAUGGAUUUAUUGUUCCUGAUUUAAUUCAGUACAAGUUUUUAUGAUUCCAGUGUUAAUCUGUUGGUGUGAAGCCAUAGAAUUGUGGUUCACUAAAUAAUAAAAUAAUUUAGUCAGUAUUCACUGAAUCUUACCACAAGUUAGGUGUUUUAUAUUUGGUGGUGAAAUGCAAUUAUAGGCCUCAGAAAUGGAUGAUUUUGCUGGUAGUAAGGGGGGAGGGGGUGAGAGGCCCCAAGUUUAUUUGGAUGAACCCACUUGCCCUUUGUUUAAAUUAACUCUGCUGAGUCAUUCAUUUUGUAUGAAUACAGUGAAAUUAACAGUGCAUUGUCCCGCCAGAUCACUGCAAUUAGAACACAGGAGUAAGGUGGCCUACUCUUUUAUUGGAGUACUUAAAACUAAAGUGGAGAUGAUUUUUUAGAAGUAACCAGGGGCUGUUAGAUUCUUCAUGGUUAUGUCCCUACAAACUUCAGGGUGCUAUUGGUUUGGCAACCUCCUUAAGCAAACCCAAAGCUCCUUGGCUUCAGUAUUGAUACCAGAGAGGGGUAAAGCAGACAGCUCUGAGUAAUCUGGCUUAAAAUGGUCUACAUCUUUUAGUUACUUUUUAAAAUUGAAAAAAGAAGGUUUUUUCCUUUUUUAAAAAAAUAAUAUUCAAUUGUAAAUGUUGGAACAGUUUAUAGGGAAAAGUAGGAAAGGGUAGUCAGUUGUCCUGUUGGAAACAUAAAAUGAUGUAAGGAUUGUAAAUUGUAAAUAUUUUUCUGAUGAAGAAAUCUAGUUUUUGAUAGGGAUUUAGAUAAAUUUGUGGGUAAUAAAAUACAUAAUCAAAAUUAAAUGCUUCUCAAUGGACAUGGAUAUCUAACUGUGAUGAUUGUCUUCUACAAUGUAGAGGAGGUUCAUUUGACUUUUCUAAAAGUCCCUUCCAGCUCUGAAUCCUAUGAUCUAUUUUCUUGUAAUGGCCCCUUGAGAGUUCAGUUUUGGGAAAACUUUCUUUACUAAAUUGUUGCAAUCAGUAAUGUUUCUAGCAAGCAAAUCCCUGUUUUAAGACACCUGGGAUAUAUAGUCCUCUGGAUACUACUUUUUGUUUGCUAUACAUUACAUUCAAUCUUCCUUUUCCCAUUGUGUAUUCUACACAAGAUAAUCAGACUGUAAGAAUUUAAAGGAAAUGUGCUGAGGGAGGGUAUAUGAUUUCUUUCAAGUAUAGGGUUAUUCUGCUAUGAAUGGAACAUCUGAUAUUAAAGAAGAGGAAAGCAGAGUUGGACUGUUGCCUUGAAAAUAGGCAAAUUCAUUGCAGUUUAAAUUCUACCAUUUCCUUUUCUGCUUGUAGCAAUUUACUAAAAUUCGAAAAAUUUCCAAAAUGGUUCAAUCCAGUUUCAUAAGUAUUUCCUGGGGACAAGAGGAAAAAAACUUGUUUUGCUUUGUAAUACAUCUGGCCAGGUGAGGUCGCCCUUUCUUCAUAAAAAAUCCAGCAAUAAAUACUGUGGAGAUGCCCCGGGAAAGCAUUAGCCCCAAAGUGGUUGAUUGCUCAUCCAUUUAACUAUAUUUUCAUAAGUGCGAAAUGGAAAUAGGUGGCAUAAACAUAGGCUAGGGAAUCUCUACCAAAUUUGUAAAAUCAUUUACUUAGAGCAAAGCUCUAAGAAAUUAGAGUCAGCUUUUACCAGUUAGAAGUUUUGUUAAAGGGGAAGAAGUACAAUUAUAUACUAAUAUUGAAGAAGGUGGGCAGGGGAAGGGAACAAUAGCAAAGUAACAUUUAUGGGAGAUCCUUUUCACUUGCUCACUAUUUUGUUUGGCAUGAUCGCUUCUUAAAGUGUGAAAAUUGCCUCCUGAAUAAACAGAUUUGAAAGGGA